AUGGAUGCAGAUGACGAGCCUUUAGAUGUGGCCAUACAGGUUGGGAGACUUAGCAUCACGGAAAAAAUCGGAGGCUUCUUCAGGCCUCAUGUCGCCAGUCAGCUUGAUGCUCUUCUAUCUGACACAGAUCAUACCGCGCGCCCAUACACCCCCCAGACUGCCUAUGGCGCACCCAUGGUUCAGCGUCCAACCCACCUGGGGGCCGCAUCAGCUUUUGCUCUGGUCAAACGGGUUCUACCCCUCGAGCCUUCAUCUGGCUUUCUGACCACCGCAUCACAGUCCUUUCUCCCUCAACCCGGGCUUGAGCUCCCAACUGGCGAUGAGCUCACUCUACUUUACUACCAAUAUUGGUCUGCCGUGGACUCUCUUGCUCACAUCAUUCACAAGCCCUCUUUUGAAAGAGAUUGUCGCAAGUACUUGCUGCAUAGUCAGGUCAUUGACGCUGCUCCCGUAUCUUUCAAAGCCCUUCUUCUCGCAAUGUGUCUGGCCGCCGCAGUCAGUCUACCAUCUAUGCAAGCCGAGGAGGUAUUGGGCGUCACGCAACAGACGCUUGUCGGCAGGCUCAAAAUUGCGACCGAGAGGGCUUUGACCGAUGCCAAUGCCAUGAGCUCUGUCAACGUACAGACUCUUCAGGCUUUCACGGUCUACCUAAUCCCUCAAUAUCGUGCAGAAAUCUCAAGGUCGCAUACCGUCUACGUCGGAACGCUCAUCCGCCUUGCAAUGAGUGCUGGUCUCAAUCGCGAUUCUAGCGGUCCAAGCAUGGAUCCCGUCGAAGGUCAAGUACGCAGACUGCUUUGGCACCAGAUUUGCUUUCUCGACCUCCUCACUACCGAGGCUCAAGGACCUCAACCAGUAAUCCGCGAUGGUAGCUUCGAUACGACACUGCCGUUGAACAUCAACGAUGACGCUCUCGACUGGCCAGACAAUAAGUCAGUCCCUACGUCUGGGUGGACAGACGCGACUUUUUCUAUCAUACAAUAUGAAUGCUGCAUAGUGAUCAGACUCAUCUACGCACAGCGGUUGGCAAUAGAAAAUGGCCAGACUGAUCUCAAGACCGCCCGGAAGAAGGUUGGUGAGCAGGAAGCUCGCAUCGAGCGCAAAUACCUUCAUCAUCUCGACAAAGCCAUACCCAUCCAGCGCUGCGCCAAACUUGUUGGGCGGCUCUUUACCGCGAGAUUCGAUGCGAUGCUAUUACAUCAACAUUGGCAAAUGGACGUUAAGAGUGAAUUGCAGAUGAACAUCCGAGAAACACUCGUCGAAUCUUGCCUUGCAGUAUGCGAAUGCGCCGUCGCCCUCGACACCGACCCGGACCUCGCACCCUGGGCCUGGUACGCCAGAGCAUACCAGCAAUACCAGGGAUCUAUCUAUCUCCUCAUGGAAGUCUAUCGCGAACCCUCUACCCGCUACGCCGAUCGCAUCAACCAGGUCCUAGACCAUGUCUUCGAAGCUACUCCCCACCUGAGCAGCACGGAGAGAAGCAGAAGCCUUCUCCAACUCCUAGCCGAGGAACUUGACAAGAUGACGCAGCUUCGCAAAGUCAAGCAUUCACAGUUCACAGUGUCGGAUAAUGGCAGUAGCAGUCCGAACGACCACACAGGCAUGGCGAAAACCCCAGAAGACGGUCAACAUUGGAAUCAUUGGCAGCCGGAAGUGAUGUAUCCGCAAGCCUACAGGCACAAUCUGCCUCCUAUGAGCGACGAAGGGUGGUGGCCGAUCCCAGUCCAACAUGGGAUGCUUUGUGACUCUACGGUCCCAGAGCACCAUGGGUACACGGGCCCACAACACCAUGACUACGGCUACGGUAUGGGCUCAGGUCCUAUGUAA